AAACUGACAGCCUUGCGUUACAUCGUAUGCAGCAACAUAAUAACCGAAUUAUAUGUCGUUACGAACCAUAUGCGAGGCAAACUUCAAAUCUCGAUAAUAACUAAAUACAAAUUCCGAACUAAGUAUUUCGAUUGUUCGCACAAUCUAGUAACAUCAGUCGAGCUAAUAGCAUUUAGCUGGGUAGCUUAAAGCUACCAGCACGCCACCAUAAGGUCAGAAGAUCAGUACCAGAAAUGUUUCUGUGACAGUUCCGUAGUGCUAGCAAAUAAUUGCGGUGCUACAGUAAAAAAAAAACUUAUGUAUGAUCAGCUGUAGCAGUUCGCAACGAUUGCAUUAAACUGUGCGUUAGCAAUUAGCUAAACACAGCAAGUAAUUAACAUUAAUAUUCCCCGCCCGCCUGCCAGCUCUCACUGGGACCUUUAACACGCUGCUAGCGUCGGUAUUUAGUAUAAACAGCUGCUUUUUAACUUGUUUAUGAAAAUUUUGCAAGCAUAGACAAUGAAAAUAAAAACAGCCAGUUGCCGAGCUGUCUGAUAGUUACCAUACGUUUAAGUAAAUAUACGGUAUAUGGCGAGGAUCAGAUAUUAAAUCAUUAUUAAAUCAUGUUCCGGUUGGAGAAUAAUAAUCAGCCUCCUUAUUGCCACGUACAAGGCCGGUGAAAAGCUUGUCGGCACAGCCUGCUGCUGCUGGAGAUACCAUGACAAUAGACAACUAGCAAUUAGGGCACAAUGCAGACAGAUAAUAAAUACAAGAUACAUAACAGACGAGUAAAUGCAAGGUGAUAAAAAACAGUGGUUUGUGCAGAUUCAUUACAUUUAUAAUGUCUAGGCGUGGCAAAGGCAACAACUAUAAAAGAAGCCUUAAUAAAAUGGGAGGAAAAAACUGGAGAGAAAGCAGGGGAGGCAAAUGCAGUGAAGCUGUAUGCUCAGAUCCCGCCCGUCGAGAAGAUGGAUGCCUCCUUGUCCACCCUCAUCAACUGCGACUGCUGUGAGCCCUUGUGAAUUUACUACCCCAUUCCUGAACUCCUCUUCAUUUGUCUGUGCGCCUCUGUCCAGGAGAUUGUCCUUAUCUACUAACUGCAUUGAGAAAAUUGCCAACUUGAAUGGCCUGAAAAAUCUAAGGAUAUUGUCUUUGGGACGAAACAAUAUAAAGAACCUUAAUGGACUGGAAGCGGUGGGAGAUACCCUGGAGGAACUAUGGAUAUCCUACAAUCUUAUUGAGAAGCUGAAGGGGAUUCAUGUUAUGAAGAAGCUGAAAGUUCUGUAUAUGUCCAACAACCUUGUGAAGGAGUGGGCCGAGUAUGUUAAAUUAGCAGACCUUCCUGCAUUGGUUGAUCUGGUAUUUGUGGGAAACCCACUUGAGGAGAAGUAUUCUGCUGAAGGAAAUUGGAUUGAGGAAGCCACCAAAAGACUCCCUAAACUAAAGAAACUUGACGGGAACCCUGUGAUCAAGCAAGAUGAGGAGGAUGGAGAAGGAGACAGUUAACAACAUCCAUAUAACCUUUUUAUUACGUCUUUACUGUUAUGUUUUCAUAUAACACGGUCCGGUACCAAUACAUUUUCAGUAAUGACUAAUUAAAUUAAAGCAGCUACAAUGUUUACUUCUGAAAGUGUCUAGGAAAAAUCUGGUCCCUUGGUUUUAUAAUGUGUCAAUAAUUUUUGAAAAGCACAUUGGUAUCUCUAAAUGUUUUCACUUUGUUAGAUUUAUGCAAUGGAUAUGUUUAAUAAACUAGAUAGGUGUAUUAUUAUUAUUUGUAGUUAAAAUUACUGACAGAUCUUUGAAUAGAGAACUGUAGACCUCAAAACGCUGACUAAUACAGGGUUUCAAAGUAGAGAUGCACAAUUUUUCCUCAUAUCAGACUUGGCCAACUGGUUUGAUUUUAUUUUUUUCUUUCGAAGGAUAAAAACAAACAUGCACUAUUAGCAACCAUGUAGCAUUUACUGCAUUUAACUUUGGAUUAAGUUGCUAGUACCAUAUUCUUAGUUCUCAUGCAGUGCUAGGUGACACCAUACUUAACUGGUACUUACAGUGGUGUUGAUUUUGUCAGGGCAUUUUAUGCUGUUUUAUAUGUAUGGGUCGGAUAAAAAUAAAAAUAGAUGUAUAAUAUGGAUUUAAAUUAUACCAAAUUAUAUUUGUAAAGUGAUUUUUAUCUGUGCUUAAAUUAUGCAUAUUUGUAGAAAAUAUUAUACAUUUUAGUUGACGACAUCCACAGUUCCGGAUACCUAAUGUGUCCAGUAAUGUAUGUUUCCAUUAAAUUGAUGUUUAAAUAUG